AUGUUCAACGCUUCGCGAUCCUUUCGUGAGUUUUUGGAAAGGAAAUUUGACAAGAGGCUGAUUUUUAAAAAAACGUCCGUAUCGAUUGGAACUGCUCGAUUAAAGUACUAAAAAUCAGUUAGAAUAUAAAUAUCAAAAAAAUAAUGGCUCCUGGCGGUUUUGAUUGAUUAAUUGAUCCAUCACUCCUUGAAAAAAAUUCUAGAGAUCUAAUUUUUAAAAAAAAUGGAACUUCUUUUUAAAGCGGCUCCAAGUUUUUUUGUAUCGAAAAAUUGCAUAAAAUAUGUAUUCAUAAUUUUUAACGGAUAAAGCGGAUUCAAACAAAAAAAAUUUCAAUAUCAUUUGAAAUAAAUUCAAUAUUCUAAUGAAGAUGAUUACAGCGGCGAAUGAGACUUUUCUCGAUGGAGAUUGUAAGUUUUUUCUUUUUCUUGUUAUCAUUUUCCCCAACUUGAAACCCUCUGGACGCAGGUAGAAUGGCUCGACGCGUGCGGUCGCGCUGCGUUUUUAAAAAAAUGCGCUUUUCGGUCAGAUCCCGCAGAAGAGCCAUUCCACAUGCGACCAAAGUGUAAAGUCAAACUCGAAAAAAAAAAACUUGCAAAGAUCUCCAAACGAACGAAGUGCGAUUCAUCGUCAACUUGAUUAUGUUUUUCAUCGCCGUAAUGAUAAUUAUUUUCAUAGGAGUUCAGGUACGGAUAUCUUUUUCAAACGAAAAGGUACAUGGAUAAUUGCAGUGUUGCCUUCGCAUCCAUUACAAAGCAAAAACGGAGCAAAUGCUUGAAGAUCUACGCGCUCGUUAUCGACUCGAUGCGCAGAGUGAGUUGAAAAUGCAAAAAUUGAUAAUCGGCAUUUGA